AGUACACUUAUUACCAUCCGAGAGCUCUCUUCGCAAGAAACGCGCUUCUCUUUGGCCAUUCUUCGCGCUCGCUGCUCCGUUUAAUUUGCCCCCGCGUCUUUAGCGCCGCAACAACCGUUUCUUGCGCCGCAACUGGAACAGUGUAGGUACAUCACUAGAUCGGGAAAUUCAAUUUGGUUGUUUCACUAGAGAAAAAAACGCGAUGGCUUUAGGGGUUUAGUUAGUGCUGCGGGACUGAUUGGACUUGGAAUUGCCACCUCGCAUGUGGGUGCCGUGCUGAUCACUUGAUAUGGAUCUGGUAGCAGAUUUAAGAUGGCGAAACGUGCUAUUGCUGCUUUGCCUGUUGGUUUCCCAAAUGAUCUGUGAGGAAAACACGUCCCAAAGAACCUCAUUGGAGGUAAGCGUGAGUAGCAGCAGCAGCAGCAGCAAUGUAACCCAAUUGGUCAGCAACGAUGAGCUGGAACUGUCGUCGACCAAUCACAGCCGAGAAGCGCUGAGUGAAGACGCCAGUGAACCAAAAACGGUGGUGUUUAUCGGGGAAAACCCCAACUAUGUGCCAAUACCGGCGUUGCGAACGAGAGCAACGCCCCCUAGUGAGGAGGACAGUGACUGGCAGAACCCGUUGGAUACGUGGGAUCGUGAAUAUCGCAGAGUGCGCUUCAACAACACAAAAGUGCAACACAUUGAAGCAGAAUGCCAAGACGACUAUAUGAAAAUUCGAGUUGGGUUCAAUGGCACAUUUUCCGGAUUGGUGUAUUCGGCAGGAUACGCAUAUGACCCAGACUGCAUGUACAUCAACGGAAGUGGGCGCGAAUACUACGAAUUCUACAUCCAGCUGAACAGAUGCGGAACUCUGGGCAAAAAUACUCAUAACGAGGAUAAUAGAAAAUCGCCGACCAAAAACUUCAUGUGGAAUACGGUCACUGUACAGUACAAUCCCCUGAUCGAGGAAGAGUACGACGAACACUUCAAAGUCACUUGCGAGUACGGGUACGACUUCUGGAAGACGGUGACGUUUCCUUUUUUGGACGUUGAUGUCGCCACCGGAAGUCCAGUGGUCUUUACGCUAACACCCCCCGAAUGCUACAUGGAAAUCCGAUAUGGGUAUGGAACGGCCGGAAAUCGCGUCACCGGCCCUGUAAGGGUGGGGGACCCACUGACACUGAUCAUCUAUAUGCGCAGCAAGUACGAUGGAUUUGAUAUCGUGGUCAACGACUGUUACGCACACAACGGAGCCACCAAGAAAAUCCAGCUGAUCGACGAAUUCGGAUGUCCAGUGGACGACAAGUUGAUUUCCAGAUUCCGAGGCUCCUGGUCCGAGGCCGGCGUUUUCGAGACUCAAGUGUUCGCCUACAUGAAAACGUUCCGCUUCACUGGAUCGCCCGCUCUGUACAUCGAAUGUGACGUUCGCAUGUGUCACGGCCGCUGCCCGAGCCAGCCGUGUCAUUGGCGGAACGUCAAGAAUGUGCGCAAGCGGUCUAUAGAGGGCGGCAACAGCACAGCCAAUGCCUCCAUCCCUCUAUCCGAAAACGUCAACCUGUUUCAGUCACUGAGAGUGCUGCAGGAGGGGGAAACCGACCAGGAAGCAAAUGUCACUUAUACAGACGCCCGGACAACCGACCCGAACAGCUUCUGUCUGAAAACGGGCUGGUUUGCGGCACUUCUUGCGUUGGCCUGCGGCACUCUUUGUCUGCUGGGGGGCGCUCUAUUGGCCACAUGCUCCAGAAUGCGCAAGGGAGUCUCGGACAAAACUCUCAGCAACUCCCAGUUCAGCGGAUACAUGAAUCAUCGCGCUACCUUCAAGUGAACCCUGCCCAGAGUUGUUGGGGUGGUCAAUAAUCACGCUGCUUUUUAGCAGACUUAGAUUAAGGUAGACAGUAGACUUACGUACAUGGAGAAUUCGCCCAGUUCAACGCGUCUUCUCCUGUAUGUUUGCCGAUACAAUCUCCCAUCGGGCGCAUUGAUAUUUUCCUUAAGUACGCCUAAUAGUGUAUUUAGGGAAAUAUCCGAAUCGAAUGUAAAUAUAAUAUGUGGCUCAUCAUGUAGCAGAUCUUCGUAUACCUAAGAGUUUUAGUUACGGACCCGUGUAAUGCUCGGUUAUUUAAUAAAUAUUCUCACCGA